UUCCGUGUUGGAGGUAGGGACAAUGAAGCCGAAACCCAGAGACGUGGGGGAACUACUGAACACCAUGGGGCUGACGCCAUCAUCCAAGUGCCAUCACUUCUCCCUUGAUGGCGAUUGCUAACAUUUUGUCGGGUUAUUCUGCCAUUGCGAAACAAGGAGUUUGUUUCCAAGACAUCGCAUCACUCCCAAGAUGGAACGGCCAUUUAAAAAGGUCAUCAUCGUCGGCGCCGGCCCGGCCGGGCUGCUGCUGGCGCUGAUGCUCUCGCAGCGCGGCAUCCCCGUGCAGGUGCUCGAGGCGGAAGACAAGCUGGACGGGCAGCCGCGCGCGGCGCACUACGGCGCGCCGGCCCUGCCCGACCUCGACCGCGCCGGCGUGCUGGCCGAGAUCAAGCGGCGCGGCAUCAUCAUCACCGACAUCAACUACCGCUACGCCGUCCCCGACGGCUCCGGGUUCGAGCGCCUGGCCACCAUUGACGGCAACGCCGUCAGGGACGUGGGCGGGUUCGACUACCGCUCGCACUGCCUCGCGCUCCACGACCUGUGCGCGCUCAUGCUCGAGCUGUUUGUGGGGCGGCACGGCGGCGAGGUCGGCUGGCGGCACCGGGUCGUGCGGGUCGAGCAGGACGCGGGCGGGGCGUGGGUGGACGUCGAGACGCCCGAGGGGCCGAAGCGGAUCGGGGGAGACUACGUGGUCGGGUGCGACGGCGCCGGCAGCCAGGUGCGGCGGUCGCUGUUCGGGUCCGACUUCCCGGGCUUCACGUGGGAGAAGCAGAUCGUGGCGACCAACACGUACUACGACUUUGACAGGCACGACUUUGGAGACGUGACCAUCAACGUCCAUCCCGAGAACUUUUACCUCGCUGCAAAACUGGACAACAAGGGCCUCUACCGAAUCACGUACGGCGAAAAGGUAGGGUUGACGACCGAGGAGAUGCGGGCACGCCUGGCGGCGAGGUUCGAGGAGAUCCUCCCGGGGCACCCCAAGCCGGACCAGUACAAAGUCAUCAACUUUUCCCCGUACAAGAUGCAUCAACGCUGCGCCCCGUCCUUCCGCGUCGGUCGAGUGCUGCUCGUGGCCGACGCCGCGCACCUGUGCAACCCCUGGGGCGGCAUGGGCAUCACGGGCGGCUUCGUCGACGUCGGCGGCCUGGACCAGUGCCUGGGCGGCAUCUGGGACGGGCUCGCCGAUGACGCAAUCCUGGAUCUGUACAGCGAGAAGCGCAUCGACAAGUACAGGACCGUGAUAGACGAGCUGUCGACAAGCAACUUUAGGCGCAUCGCCUACACCGACGACCCGGCCUCGCUCGCCGGCUCGGACGAGUUCGUGGGCCUGCUGCGCAAGGGAGAGGCGGACGAGGGGCUGAUGCGCGAGGUGCUGCUGGGGGGUCUGGACAUGCGCUAUGACUUUUCGCAGCAUUUCAAGGGCAAGUAGUAGUUGGUACCAAUCGCAUUCGCUGUGGCUGAAACA